AUGGGUCAGGAAGAAAGCUCCAUUGUCGACGAAACCAAGGCUCCAGAGGUGCUUGAGAGCAGGACGCUCAAGGGGCUUGCAAAGUACAUCAAGGAUGGAAAAGCCAAGAAGAUAGUCGUCAUGACGGGCGCGGGAAUCAGUACUUCAGCUGGCAUACCCGACUUCCGGAGCCCAGACACCGGUCUUUACGCGAACCUAGCCCGCCUGAACCUUCCGUACGCCGAAGCUGUCUUCGACAUCUCGUAUUUCCGCCAGAACCCGCUUCCCUUCUACACGCUUGCGCAAGAGCUGUACCCGGGCAAAUACCGGCCGACCAUCACACACUCAUUCAUCCGUUUGCUGCAUGAUAAGGGCAUCCUGCUCAAGCUCUUCACCCAGAACAUUGACUGCUUGGAGCGAGAGGCGGGUGUGCCGGGCGACAAGAUCGUUGAGGCCCACGGUAGCUUCGCGCAACAGAGCUGCAUCGACUGCCACGCCCAGUUUCCCGACGAUGAGAUGAAGGUGGCCAUCCAGAAGAAGGAUGUGCCAAAAUGCAAGGAUUGUAGCGGCCUCGUGAAGCCGGAAAUCGUCUUUUUCGGUGAACAACUUCCCGCUGCGUUCUUCGACAACAGGGACCUACCAGGCGAGGCUGAUCUGGCUAUUGUGAUGGGUACGAGUCUGACCGUCCAGCCGUUCGCGAGCCUUCCGAGUUUUGUUAGCCACAGUGUUCCGCGACUGCUCAUCAACCAGGAACAAGUCGGCAGCCUCGGCGCCCGUGGCGACGACGUGCUGUUGCUAGGAGACUGCGAUGAUGGUGUCCGGAAGUUGGCCGAGGCUUGCGGUUGGCUCGAAGAAUUGGAAGAACUCUGGGCUCAAACAGCGCCCAAAGUCGCCUCAGAGCUUGGCCGUGAACCUCCGAAGACGAAGGAUGAGUCACUCGACGCCGAGGUAGAUAAGUUGAGCCGUGAGGUCGAGCAGACACUCAAGCUUUCCCAAGACUGGGUCCAAGGACAUGACGGUAAACCCAAGGCCGAGUCUGUAAAGACAGAGCUUGGAAGGACGUCGAAUAUGGGCAACGUCACGGAUAAGGGCGAGAGCAAAGCUGACACGCCAGGAGACAUCCCGGAAGACCAGCAGCCGAAGGUGCCUGAAGGAAGUUCGGGCAAUAACGGACUGGCACACGUCUUCCCACACAUAGCGAAGAAGCCGUCCAAGCCAUUGCUGUGA